AUGAAGUCAGGACGCAACGAUGCCAAGAGAUAUAUUUCAUUCGGCGUCCCAGACUUUGAGACUUCUCAGAAAAACAGGAGCGUCUUUAAGGGCUUUUUCGCCAAGCUGACUGGUGCUAAUACUUCACAUCAUAGAAAUGGCAACUCGAAAGUUCGGAUAACUAACACUACUCAUAAUCCAGACAAUUCUGUAAGUGAACUGAACGAAGAGUCAAACAUAAGUCUUCCUGUUUUAAGGGAAAAUACGUCUGAAAAGAUAUCUGGAGUUUCUUCAUCUGCACAUUCACCGGGGUUAUCCGAAAGACGUUAUUGGAUGCAAGAUGAGAGUUGUAAAUUUUGUUUUGAGUGUGGUUCGCGUUUCACAACAAUCCGUCGAAAGCAUCACUGUCGUGUUUGUGGGAGGAUAUUUUGUAAUCAGUGCAGUAACCAGUUGGUUGAAGGAACUCAAAUUGGUCUUGAUGGCCUUCAGCGAGCUUGCAGUUAUUGCGCUGAAGUGUUGAUUUCUAACAACUCGAAGAAACCAGAAAAUUUAUUAUCUAAACAUACUGUUCGAUCAUUAAAUGCAGAUAAUGUUUAUGGUUUAAAGAGAAAUAUGAGUUCAACAGACCAAAAAUUGAAAACCACUUUGUCAGAUUCUAUUUCUACUAAUGUUAGCCAUCUUUCUAACCAAAAUAUUCGUAUGAAUAAUAGUUUGGCGACUGUGUCGAAUGCAAAAGGACUGUUAAAUUCAACUUUACGCUUCCGUAGACAAACUGUAGAUUCAUUUAUCCCGCGUUACUCUGUUUCUACCAAUUCAACAGACGAAGGUACAGAUUUAUUUCCCGCCUAUGUUUCAACAACAUUCACGAGUGGCAGCCUUACCCAUGGUCUGUCAUCUCCACCUGAAUCCACUGAAGAAAGAAAACAUCAUACCAUGGGAUCAAGUGCCUUCCAUGUAAUUCAUCGUACACCAUGUAAAAAGAAAAACCUGAUUUUAGACAAUUCUAUAGAUACUUCUGUUGAUAAUGUUUCAUUUAACAAAUUAUCUUCAGCUCAUUCAUUCGAAUGCUUACUCAGUAGUACAUCAACAUCAAUAUUUGAUUCAGAUCAAGAAGUGUAUCUCUUGUGGUUAAAACUCUGGGCUAAUUCUUCACAGAAUUCCUCAGUUCCGAUUACAGCUACUUCAAAGUUAAGUACUGUUUCAACUGAAUCAUACGGUCUUGUGCAUAGACAUUCAAAUGAAAAUUUGACAAAAGACGACAGUUCAUCUAAAUUGUUACAGUUAUUUAAGUUGAAAAAAGAAACUGAGGAAUUUUAUUGUGUUUAUGGUCUAGUAUUGGUUUAUUGGUUAGUCAAUAACAUUCCCGAAUUGAAACGCUGUAGGAUGAAAGGGCGUAUUGUUUGUCAGAAAUUUAUGGAUCUUGGUCUACUAACUGACUUACAGGACUUUAAUUGCAAAGAAUUUCAUGAUGACUUCACAUUUUAUAAACUGAAAGAGAUUGAUUCACUCAGUCGAUCUUAUCAUGCAAUAAGCCCAAGAAGAAAGACAACAAAUUCAAUAUGUUUUGACAAUGAUUUACUUCGUGUUAACUCGAGUACUUAUGGAAGUACUACUGGAAUUGAUGAACCUGACUGGUUAUUAGAAAUUAAUGGUCAUGAUAAUAAAAGCUCUGGAUCUUCAACACCCUUUUUAAUGGAAGGUUUUACUGAUGGUGAAUCAAAACCAUCUACAGUUCCUUAUAAUGAUUCUACUACAUCCAAUUUUGAAGUUGGACAAGAUGUUAGUCGAAUGCGAGAUUACAAUCUUGAGGGGUCGGAAUCACCAAAGAAAUGGCGAUAUAUUUCACAAUUAACUUCUGCUAUCAGACAGGAAUCAAAUGCUGCAACACAACUUGAUGGUAUUACACGUAUAAGCAAGCAAGAAUAUAUUUACAAUAUCAAAAGUAUAGUCGAUGAAUAUAUAUAUCAGUUGGUUUUACAAGAUGUUCGGGAUAAUGCUUUAGAUCCUUAUUGGGUUCCAGUUUUAAUUCGUUUGGCUUGGGAUGUCUGUCAUACUGUUCGCUUUGAUUUACGAUCCACUGGUAUGCGUUACUUUCAGUUUAACCGGCAACAACAGCAAAAACAGGCACAUUCAACGUCUAAUGAAGCUGCGGCAAACAAUAACGCGGUACAAAAUAGUCCGGCAAAUUCUAAUCUUUCUCGUAAACAAAAUUCUUAUUCACCAAUGGAUAUCCGAUAUUAUGUACAUAUUAAAAAGCUCUUAGAUAAAGAUAUGAACAAUUCAAAUAUAUUCUCUGGUACUAUUUUUUCUCAACGUCCAACUCAUAAAUUAAUGCCAACAGUUUUGAAUAAUCCACGAAUACUUCUUCUAGAUUCAUCUAUAAGUUAUCAAAGGACAACUUCUAAAAUGGCAUGGUUGGAGUCUCAGAUUAUGCAGGAAGAAGAAUAUAUCACCAACUGUGUAUGUAAAAUACUUUGUUUACAUCCAAACAUCAUAUUUGUUAGUGGAACUGUUUGUCAUAUAGCACAGAAUUUUAUUUUCAAAUCAGGAAUUAUCUUAUUUUCUAAUGUAAAACAAUCAGUGUUAUAUCGUAUUGCUCGAAUGACAGGUGCAGAUAUCUUAGAUUCUGUUGAUCGUUUAAUGGGUAAUCCUGCAAGGAAAUCGGAUAACAACCUUCAAAAAUCAUCGACACGUCUUGGUGUAUGUCAUCAUUUUGAAGUGAAACAAAUACAUUUACCAGAUAAUUCGACAAAAUUCUUAACCUUCAUUGAAAAUAAUUCAGGCGAAUCUGGUAUAGCUCCAAAUCCGUCUGAGACUAACACACCUACAAGUCCUAUUCGUUAUAUUACCCAUGAAGCAACUGUUAUUCUACGUGGGCAUGAUAUUGCUUCAGUUAUUCGUGCAAAGCGUUGUUUUCUAUUUGCACUACGCUUAUGCUAUAAUGCUCAAUUAGAAUUAUCCUAUUCAAAUAAUGAUCAUAAUUUUCAUCUGUCGAAUGUAUCCAUCAGUCAAGGAAUACAAUCAUCAAAGAAUCGUGUGCAAUCUCUUCAGAAAGCCUGUGUUAGAUACAGUAAUGACGAUCCAUCAGUUUCUUCUCCAGUAUUAAGAAAAACAGCUUUGACUUUACCAUCUAGUGUGCUUAAUGCUAAUUCUACUAUAAAUGACCAGAUUAUUGGUGCUCAGUGCAAUGAAUCAGAUGCUGGUGCUUGUUCAGAUUUAGCAAUCUAUUUAAAUGGACGUCUUUUAUCAGUUUCACCGAGUGUUGAAUUUCGUUUACCGUAUUUAGCGUCUAGAGAAGGCGAACUAGCCUACUUGUACGCCUAUUAUACAUAUGUAGUUGAUUGGUCAUUUGGACGCAGAUUGAAUGAUUUAAUGAAACGUAAACUGAAAGUUGUGUGCAGUGAAUUGAAAGCAUUUGAAUAUCAUCGUAUAAAUGCGAAGGCAAAUAAUCACAGUUUGGAAGACAGCAAACAUACUGAGUUAUACCAUCCAUUUACAAAACGAAAUUUAGAAAUUUCUGCAUCUAAUGAACAUCACACUUCAAAAUCUGCUCUUUAUAAUUCAUAUUUUUCUGAUGAAGAUAUCAAAAACACUUUUGCACUUGAUGGAAUAAUCAUUUCUAAAACGCUUACAUCAUCUGAUGAGGCCUUGUAUACUGAUUAUAAAGCUCGAGCGUAUAUGAAUUGUGUUGAAAAAAACAAUGGAGAAGUUUCUCGUUCAUUUCCACGUCUUUGGGCUGGUAUAGGUAGUAUCCUGUCUGGUCAUUGGGAUACAUUAUUUAAUGCAGAAAAGUUUAAAUCAUUGAAAUCAAAAUUUUUUGGUUUGUCUACACAGACUGCUGGUUUUUCAGCUAAUUCUGGUGUCCAGCUUUCUUCUGAAUCUGAAGGUAUAAAACGUUUACGACGCAGUAUUUUAGAUCCACGUUCAUAUCAAUCUCUAAGCUUUCUGGCGUUAUUAUUUACACCGAAGUGUAUUAUGCGACCAGAACCCUGUGUCCCGCCUAUAAUAGCCACAGUGGAGUUUUAUGGUCAGAGUGAUUUACCGCUUGGAUUAUUUUUGGAGAAGUUUUGUUUUAUGCAACAACAAUGUCGUAACCCGCUAUGCAAUGUUCCAAUGUCUGAGCAUAUCCAAAGAUUUAUUCAAACCUCAGGUUCAGUACAACUUACGAUAAGUAAGUUGACACAAGAUCCAUCUCGAUCAGAUGCAUUAGGAGAUCCACCAAAUCUAUGCAGUAAUAAUGAUUCAAAAUCACGUCCUAAGAGUCGAAUACUAAUGUGGUUAUUCUGUCCAAUAUGUCGAAUGAAUUCAGCUACCAGAUAUAUGUCUGCUGAUACAUGGCAUUUAUCAUUUGUAAAAUUCCUCGAUAUAAUGAUUAACAGUUCUAAUGAUUGGGCUCGUUGUGGUAUGAUUGGUAAAAAUUCAACAUAUUCACGUAGCACUUCAGGUAAUGAAUUGGAUUUAGUUGAAACACAGAAGCCGUCAUCACCUUCGACAGUUGGGAGUGGAGUAGUCAAUGGUCAGAAUAUGGAAUCCAUGUUAGAUUUCAGUUGUACGCAUUCUGUUCAUAAGUGUUUGCAGCAUUGUUUUUCUUUCGAUAGAAAACUAGCUGUUUUCAAAUAUCAACCUGUUAAUGUUUAUGAAAUUGUAAUGCCUCCUAGCGAGAUUCGUGUUUUCCCAGCUAAAAUCAAUAUCCCAAAGUUGGACAGUAAUAAUAAUAAUAAUAGUUCUGUUACACAUACAAGGCAAUCGUCUGUUGAAAAUAAGUCAGUUAUAAAUGAUAGUACAUUCUGUAAUCGUACUGAGAGUGCAGAUGUGACUAAUCAGUCUCAUAAUGUAUCAAACAGACUAGUACAAGAAUCAAAAAUUGGGACUGCCGCCUCUACUACUACUACUAGUACUACUAACUUACGCAAAUCAGUUGCUUUACCAACCUAUCUGUUUACAGAAGCAUCUGAAGUCUUGACAAAAUACUACACUAUACACACUGUAAUUAAAUGUCAUAUUGCCAAUCUACAAAAUGAGACAAUAUCUUGUGAAUUAUCUGCCAUGCUUGAAGCUUAUCUAAAAGUUCUUGAGUCUGAUUCUAGUCGCAUUCUAAUGGAUGAAAGAUCAGAAUUUUUAAAUUUUCUUCUCUAUCCAGACGAUGGUUAUCAGCAUGAUGAGAGACCUUUGAAGAAACAAGAUAAUCAUACCUCGGAUAUAUCACAGCCUGUGGACGGCAGUUCUAAAUCACAUGUUUCGGCUAAUGAGAACAACUGUGGAACUAUAAUGAAUUUCACUGAUCAGCAAUCAGCUAUAUCAGAUGUAAAUCAAAUCGAUUCUGCACUAACUUCAGAUCUUAAUGGUAAAAUCGUUUCCAGUAGUCAAUCAGAACAGCAGGCUAUACGAAAUCACUCGAAUAGUAUUUCUAGUGAUAAUAACAGCUCCGGAGAAACAACAGGGAUGCAUAAUGUUACACAGAAUGGAAUUCAAUAUCAUGAUUGGAUGAGAGUAGCAUCCAACUUAAAUCCUGUUGAACUAACAUAUAUUGUGCAAAGAUUAGUGAAUGAAUUGAAACGUUGGAUAUAUCGAUUUGUUUCUGAUUGGAAUUUCAGAUUUAAUGAAUACGAACUACUAAUGAAGCGGAUUGAGAAAAAUAUUCGUGAUACACGCAAAAAAGGCACAUCAUCCAAUGCUUCCACGACGCAUACAACUUCUGUUAAUCAGCUGUCAGCAAUCCAUCAUUCAACUCCUAUUCAAAUAGCAGUUACAACAACGACAACAACCACACCAGCAAAAGAGGCAAUGACAACAACAUACAAACAACAUCUGCGAAAACCUUAA